AAUUGAAUUCCGCUUCAAGCCUUUGUCUUCUAGACAUCAUAAGGACAUAUUGGUACCAUUACAGUUGCACCAAAUCUUCGAAAUUAAGAUGCCUCACAAACAUACAAGGCGGGAGAGGGAUGAAUCCGACUUCAACCUCCCCCCAACCGUAAUAGCAAGGCCCCUCCCGGUAGCUGCUCCUAAAAAAGCGGCAGCGGCGAAGCAGACGGGUAGCAAAACCUCAACAGCACACCCAGUCAAGAGUACGAAGCGAAAGCGAGGCCGUGAUGCCAAUGGCGAUGAUGCGCCGAGGGCUUUCAAGAGGUUGAUGGCAUUUGCCGGGGGCCAGAAGUUGCGCUCGGGCCUAGACGACGGAAACCCGGCGCCGUCGAAGAAGCAAAAGAAGAAAAACGCCGCCGAAGCAGCUGCAGCAGCCGAAACCAAAAAACAGAAUGAACAGGUAGAGAUCCCCAAGAUCAAGCCUGGCGAAAGGAUGUCCGACUUUGCGGCUCGGGUGGACGCCGCACUACCCGUCAGCGGACUGGCCAACAAGGGCAUCAAGAACGGCAAGGAUCCGGUCGGCCUCAAAGUAUGGAGGACGAGGAAAGAGCGAAAGAUGCAUAAGCUGUACGAUCAGUGGAGGGAGGAGGAGCGGAAGAUACAGGAGCAGCGUGAGGAAGCAGCUGAGCUAGCCGAGGAGAAGGCUUUUGAGGAAGAAGAAGCCGGCAUCAAAUGGGAUGGGGAUGAUGACGGUGAGACUGCGGGGGCAUCGGGAAAGAAGAAGCAGAAGAAGGGCAAGAGGGCUCGGUUGCUUGGAGAAGCAGCUGCAAAGGAGGAUGACCCUUGGGAGGAGCUGAAAAAGAAGCGGGGAGAGACGAAAAUUGGACUGAACGAUGUCGCCCAGGCGCCCCCGGAACUUAAGAAGCUCACGGGCAAGAAAUUGACGGUGAGGGGUGCAGCUGUCGAGGUUGACGGGAUACCCAAAGCCGCCGGCAGUUUGAGGCGGAGAGAGGAGCUCCAGGAAGUCAGGAACAAUGUGGUGACUUCGUAUAGAAAAAUGAUGGAGCAAAAGAGGGCAAACCUGGCUGUAUAGUAUAGUCUAGGUUUUUGUGUUGUCUUGAUGCAAAAUAUACGAUACCC